AUGCCCCCUUUGCACUCGGCACACCGCCCGCCCACCUCAGUCACCCCCCUCCCCCGCCCCGUGUGGGGCCCCCAGGGCCCGGCACCUACAAGGUUGGGGGUCAUUCCUGAGGCCCCGGCACGGGCCAGGCUCUGCAGGAGGGUCCUGGCCUCCCAGCACCCCCUCUGCCCCUGUCCUCCCGCAGGCGACUACUUUCCAGAGAAAUCUACCAAGUAUGUGUUCGACUCGGCGCCCAGCCACUCCAUUUCUGCCCGGACCAAGACCUUCCGGGUGGACAGCACCCCAGGCCCUGCCGCCUACAUGCUGCCCAUGGUGAUGGGGCCCCACACGGUUGGCAAGGCCUCCCAGCCCUCCUACUCCAUCAAGGGCCGCAGCAAGCUGGGCGGCUUCAGCGAAGACCUGCAUAAGACCCCAGGUCCUGCGGCCUACCACCAGACCGACGUGCAGGUGACCAAGUUCAAGGCUCCGCAGUACACCAUUGCGGCCCGAGUGGAGCCCCCGGGGGACAAGACCCUCAAGCCAGGACCAGGAGCCCACAGCCCCGAGAAGGUGACCCUGACCAAGCCCUGCGCCCCCAUCGUCACCUUUGGCAUCAAACAUUCCGACUACAUGACCCCCCUGAUCCUGCAGGUGGACUAGCCCCGGGCGGGGCAGGGAUGGGCAGAGCCCAGCCACCGCCCGCCUGGCCCGCGGGCCGAAGCACGCUUCUUUGGACAAUUAUGUUUUUUCUAUGCAUCCCCUUGCUAAUUGUGUGCCCACAUAUAUAAUAAA